GCGCCGCGGCUCCAUGGACGCCAACCUGCGCUUCUGGAGGGCGGAGGGGCAGUCUUUCUUCCAGAGGUUUCUCCUCUGGUCGGACGCCUUGGAUCCGCUGCUGCUCCUCAAGUCCACGAAUGAAAUACAAAGAACCAGGUUAUUAAUACAAAACAAUGAGAAGACCCUAAGUGAGCCCAUACAGAAUAAUCAGACUAAACAAGCCUUCUUGCUAAGCCUGUCCAGCAUACAUCCUGAUACAGACAAGAUAAUUCCUGUUUUGUUUAGACCUCCUGCUUUCAUGCCCAUAACUCUUCCUUUGGUCAUUGUUUCAUCUGUUCAGAGGCAGGCAAAGCAUUCUUUAUUUUGGCAGUUUGUGUUUCACACAUACACCACAGCAUUCACUCUGGUAAAUGGAAAUGGCACCCCAAAGGCUGAAGAAUACUCACUUCAUCAAAAGCAGAUCUUUCUUGGCUUGUUAGCCAUUUCCUAUUCAGCCUGUGUUGGUGCUCUCCCUCUUGCCUUCAUGAAUCGUUAUGUGCUGAAGAGCUCAUUAAUGCAACUUGUCGUCAGAAAACUGCUCCCUGCUCCUCUGUUUGGUUUGACAAGUGCAUUUACUGUGGCAAUGGUGAGAAGCCCAGAAUUUGAGAAUGGGAUAGAAGUGAUGGACAGGAAUGGCAAGGUUAUAGGAGUGUCUAAGAAGGCUGGUGAGAAGGCUGUUAUGGAGACUGCAUUGUCCAGAGGAGUCUUGUUUGGGACAACGUUCUUCCUGCCUGAAGUGCUCAUGUACUGUGUGCAGAGAGCAAGAUUCGUUAAAAAUCCUCGUGCUUUGGGUUCAGUGAGGAUGUUUGUGAUUAUGUCAGUCCUAGCAGGGAUGCUGCCAGCCUCAUUUAGUAUGUUCCCACAGUGUGGGGAGAUAAAGCGAGCAGACCUUGAACCGGAAAUUCUGUCAUCUACAGAAGAAACAGAGUUCUUCUACAACAGGGGAAUCUAGAGCCUGGCUUUUAUAUAUGGAUGUGUGCUGUGAUCCAAGUGAAUUCUGAUUGCAGCACUGGCAUCUGUGGCUGAAUUGUGAUUCUGUGGUGGCAAAGGUGCCAGAUCCUGUGAAUGAUGGUGUGGCCUGUAAAGAGGCAGAACUUUGCUAGGUGGCUUUGCCAGCCCAGACUGGUGGCACCUGAAGCUGAAAAGCACUACAACACAGCCUUUGUCACAACCUGUGUUCUGUGCUUCCUCGGGUGAUUGAUUUCUUAAUUAAACGACUGUUGAGUACAUAGGUUUGUUCUGCUGCUGCAA